AUGCUAAAUAACAAAUGGAAAAUAACCUGCUUUUCAACUGCUUUUGAGUCAUGUUUACAGAUCCACAUAGACAUAAAUGCUGCCCGCCAACGCUUCAAGGAUAGCACACUGAAUACUCGUGAUAUAGAUUUCUCUGACUCCAUAGCGAAGAGGCGAGGAAAAUCAUAUGGGAGUACACAAUACGUGCUAGAAGUUGUUGGUAAAGAAUUUUCUGAGCCAGAGACGCCCGAGCAAAAGUACAACAGAUUGGCAUGUGAAAUUGAUGAACUGGCGCAGGAACUAAAGGAUGAAACGAUUAAACCUACCCUCACUGUAAAUGAGACGUCACUUGCCGAUCUUACGGAUGAGCUGAAGUCUGUGAAAGUGCUAAAAUUAUCUGGAGUUGCUGCACAGCCAGGGAAAAAAGAAGAAGCAGCGUUGAAUGUUGAUAAAUCUUCAAACGCAAAGGCA